UUUGGGCUAAUAACCGGUCCAGUAUGUCUCGACGAUUACGCGCGCCAUGGACGCAGCGCUUGCUGGUUGUCAUCUUUUGUUUGGAUUUCACGUUUAUUUUCACUACGGCGCAGCUGCGGUACUCUAUUCCCGAGGAAGGAAUGGAUAACGCCAUUGUUGGAAAUGUUGCAAAAGAUUUGGGGUUGGAUUUGAGCGGACUAAACGCUCGAGGAUUCCGGGUCGUUUCUGGUACCACCGAGCCUCUGUUUAUACUAACAAACAACGGCAUGUUACGGGUGAAGAGGAAAAUAGACAGAGAGGAGGUUUGUGAGCGAAUCAGCCCGUGUGUUGUCAACAUUAAGAUCGUUGUGGAAAACCCAUUAGAGGUCCAUUACGUCGCCAUUGAGAUUUUGGACGUAAAUGACCACACCCCCACCUUCCCCAACAAUCAGACGCGUUUGGAGAUAUCGGAAUCUGCUUUGCCUGGUGCGCGGUUUCAGCUGCAGAGCGCCCACGACCCAGACAGCGACGCGUAUUCGGUUCACUCGUACAAAAUCAGUCAAAAUGAACAUUUUCGUUUGGAGGUUAAAGACCGAGGGGAAGACGGGAAAAUCCCGGUUUUGUAUUUGCAUAAGGCGCUGGACAGAGAAAGUGCUGGGAGUCAUAAACUGCUGCUGACAGCACUCGAUGGUGGUAAACCCGCGAAAUCAGGAAGCACGGAGAUUUUAAUUAAUGUCUUAGAUGUAAAUGACAACAUGCCAGUUUUUACAUCAGAGUCAUAUUCUGCAGUGCUAAGGGAAAAUGCGCCAAUCGGCUCAACCAUUUUGCAAGUAAACGCAACAGAUUUAGAUGACGGUCUCAAUGGCGAGGUAGUGUACUCUUUUGGUAAUAAUGUUAAUAGCAAAUUACGCAAAGUUUUUGAUGUUGAUACAAUUACUGGAGAAAUUACAGUUAAAGGUCCAAUAGAUUUUGAAGCAAAAGACAAGUAUGAAAUAGAUAUUAAAGCAUCUGAUCAAGGACCAGUCCCCCUAGAAACAGAGAAAAGUGUCAUAAUAACUAUUGUGGAUUUAAAUGAUAACAGACCUGAAAUUGAAGUAACUUCAUUUUCAAGUGCUAUUGCAGAGGACUCCAAACCUGGGACCACUGUCGCAUUGAUAAGUGUGAAUGAUAAGGACUCAGGUGUCAAUGGAAAGGUCACGUGUCAUGUUAUGGGUAACAUACCUUUCAUGCUAACACCCUCUUUACAAGAUAAUAUGUUCUCGCUCAUCACCAAAUCUCAUAUGGAUCGAGAACAUCAGUCCAAGUAUGAUGUCACAAUAGUUGCAAAGGAUGCCGGCGAGCCACCGCUCUCCUCACACAAAACAAUAAGUGUGACUGUAUCAGAUGUAAAUGACAACAGUCCAAAGUUUUCAAGCAAUCUCUAUACUUUCUACAUCAACGAGAACAACGUUGCAGGAGCCUUUUUGUUUUCAGUCAGUGCUCAUGAUAGUGAUGAGGGUGAUAAUGCUGUCAUAUCGUUUGACAUUGUGAGAAAUGGGGAUGAACACAAAACAAUGACAUCUUUUCUAAGCAUUAACUCUGAAAAUGGACAGAUUUCAGCACUGAAAAGUUUUGACUUUGAGACGCUGAAAGCUUUCCAGUUCCAAGUGGUGGCCAGGGAUGGUGGGAGCCCCCCACUGAGCAGCAACGUGACAGUGAAGGUGUUCAUUCUGGAUCAAAACGACAACGCUCCAGUCAUCCUGUAUCCAGUCAGCUCCAACGGUUCAGCCCAAGGUGUGGAGGAGAUUCCCCGCAACAUCAAAGCGGGAGACUUGGUGACCAAAGUCCGAGCCUACGACGCCGACAUCGGCUAUAAUGGCUGGUUGCUGUUUUCGCUGCAGCGAGUCAGCGACCACAGUCUGUUUUCUUUGGACCGCUACACGGGCCAGAUCAGAACACUUCGCUCCUUGACGGAGACGGACGAGGCCGAGCAUUGCCUGCUCAUCCUGGUCAAAGACAACGGCAAUGUGUCUCUCUCGGCGACGGCUACUGUGACUGUCAAACUCGUGGAGCCCAAAGAGGCUUUUGCGGCUUCCGACGUGAAAAGCGCGGCCACGGUGGACGAGGAGGACAAUGUGACUUUUUACCUGAUGAUCACUUUGGGCUCAGUGUCGCUCCUUUUUGUCAUCAGCAUCAUUGUGCUGAUCGCCAUGCAGUGCUCCAAAUCCACCGAGUACACUUCUAAAUAUCUGCAAGAAACCAAUUAUGAUGGCACACUGUGUCACAGCAUCCAGUACAGAUCGGGAGACAAACGCUACAUGUUAGUUGGACCCCGAAUGAGUAUCGGCUCCACCAUAGUCCCGGGCAGCCACGCCAACACUCUGGUGCUCCCUGACAGGAGACACGCUUCCGGGGAGGUAAGACAUGGUAACUCAGCAGUUAAGUUCCAUAUGGGUGUGUGCGCUUGA